CGCCACAAUAUGGGUUCCCAUAGCUUGCUCGAGUGACAGAUCGAUGUGAGCGCCGUUACAUCAUUCCCGAGCCUCUGCUAACAUUUCCUCCUGGGUGUAGAGAGUUGAGAGCUGCUGUGGUGCUCAGACUCUAUCUGAGAAGCAACCGCACAGUCAUAGUCACGUCCUCGAGGGACCGCUGAAGGCGCAGGAAACGGGAACAACACGAGGACAACAACGACUCUCCGCCAGGCCAUACUAUGUCGGAUGACGUCAAGCGUCACGAGCUCUAACUGGAUGAUCAAGCAUGCACGAAGCUCGUCCACUUUUGUUUUGAAUUGGCAUUACAACCGCGUGCAUCGACUUCCACUACAGCCUCCCUCUCCUCAGCGGAACUAUCGACCAUGUCAGGCGAGCGUAAGGUCAUUCUUAUCACCGGCGCCACGGGCGGAAUUGGCCGCGCAACCGCCCUCACCUUCGCAAAGACCGGCCAUUACCACCUGGCACUGCACUACAAAUCCGCCUCGGCAGAAACACGUGACGCGCUAGCGUCUGAAGUGAAUGCGCUCUCCCCGAUUCCGGAUCCAGAUACCGGCGCCACACCCUCCACCAUCAAGGUAGAUUUCUUCCAAGCGGACCUAGGCGACUACGACUCCGUCCGCAAACUACACAAAGAUGUCGUCGCCGGCUUCCAGAAAAUCGAUGUCCUAUUCGCGAACGCCGGGUCAACGCUCGGACACCAGGGCGUGAAGAACCUUGUCGAUGUGCCAAUCGACAUCUUCGAGCGGACAUGGCGCGUCAACACCGGCUCGGCUAUUCUACUAACGCAGCUUUGCUUACCAGCGAUGGAGGCACAAGGUUGGGGACGGAUUAUCUUCGAUUCGAGUGUCGCGGCUCUCACUGGUGGGUCUAUUGGUCCACAUUAUGCGAGCAGCAAAAGCGCUAUGCACGGCUUCGUGCAUUGGUUGGCGGGGAAUGUGGCGAAGAAGGGCAUCACGGUCAACGCGGUUGCGCCGGCGGUGAUUACGGGGACGGCGAUGAUGGGGACACCGACGGGGGAGAGGGAGAGGGAGAUGGCUGCUAGUAAGUACCUUCCGUCAUUCGCUACAUCUCUUCGUGGAUCAAAAUGCUUCAGUUGCUUGAAUCGCUCAGUAGCUAAGCUGAUCCUCUGUGCUAGGGAUACCUGUCGGUCGGCUUGGACGACCGGAAGAGAUUGCUGAGACGGUGUUGUGGAUGGCCAAUACAGCCUAUGUCACUAACAAAGUGAUCACUGUCGAUGGAGGCAUGUAUCCGUACUGAAACAUGCUGCGGCUUUGCUGCGUAUCUUGCGCCUAGCGCACGUCUCGCUUGUGAUGUCUUACCUGGCCUCAUUGCUCUUCCGGAUGGCCCCACCUUCC